AUAGGAAGUGAUGUUUCCCGCAGGGCUCGAGGCUGACGGUGAUGCGCAGCGCGUGAAGCUUCGCAGGAGAAAGACGCCUGAUCAUCAAACAUCGAAGAUCAUCAAACAUCGAAGAUCAAAGUUAAGUGAGCACUGUGACCAUGGAUCCCUCCGUCCCCCUCCCAUUGGUCAUCCUUGUCCUCCUCCUGAGUCCGGUCUCCUCUGAGACCGUUGACCCGUCUGUGGUGGACUUGACUAAUAGGAACUCAGACUUCGCCGCCCGCUUGUACCGAGCCGUCGCCAGCCAGACUGACGUUAACGUCUUCCUGUCUGCAUUCACGCUGUCCGCCGGACUGAUGGCAAUGCUGAGUGCCACCAAGGGGUCAACCCAGAACCAGCUGCUUCAAGCACUCACCAUGAACGGACUGGACCCGAACACUCUCCCAGAUCUGUUUCAGAGUCUGAGGACCGUCGUCCUGCAGGGCAGCGAAUCCAUCAACCUGCAGCAAGGGGUCGCCAUCUUCCCCCCCCAGAACUUUGAAGUGUCCUGGUCCUACCAGAAUCUGCUUCAGUUGAAGUUUGGGGGGACUGUUCGGAAUCUCGUCUACACGGCACCUCAGGAAGCUGUCGACGUCAUCAACCGCUGGGCCCAGGACCAGACCGGAGACCGAGUCCGGGAGCUGGUGACCAGCCUGGACCCCCAGACCCAGCUGCUGCUUGCCACCACUGCUGUGUGCCAGCUCCAGUUCAGUCCAUCCUUUAACUCGUCUCUGUCUCAGGAGGAGCGUUUCUACGUGGACAAGUAUCACGUCGUUAUGGUUACCAUGAUGUUCAGGGCCGGUAAGUACUUCCUGGCGUACGACCGCUCGGCGAAGGCCGGUGUGCUGAAGCUGCCGAUGACGAACGGGGCGGCGAUGUUAGUCGUGCUGCCCGAUGAAGACGUGGACAUCACCACUGUUGAAGAAGAAGUGACGGCAGAGAAAAUCCAGGCGUGGAUCAAACAGCUUAAGAAGACGAAGUUGGAGGUGCAGCUUCCUCGCUUCCAGUUGGAGCGUUCCUAUUCACUGAAGGAUGCCCUGCAGACUCUUGACAUCACUCAGGUGUUUGAGGAUGAUGCUGACAUCACCAACAUGUGCGAGGCUAAAGGACUGAAACUCACACAGGUUUACCAUAAAACCACUGUCUCUGUUAACGAGCACAGCGAUGACAUCACUGCAGGGGACGGAGACAUUGUGUUCUCCACUCUUCCUCCUCGACUGACCAUCAACAGACCCUUCAUCUUCAUCAUCUACCAUCAGACCACCGGCAGCCUGCUGUUCAUGGGCCGAGUGGUCGACCCCACCAAGAAAUAAGUUCAGCUGAGAGGUCGCUAGGCCACGCACACCAGUCACACCUAUUAAACACUAAUAACUUACAUAGCAGGUUACAUAGCAGGUUACAUACCGUAACAUACCGUGUUCUAAUGUUGCUCUGCUGUCUGUGGAUUGUAGCUCUUUGUGUUUCCCAAAGUGAGGGUCAGGACCCCCUAAGGGGUCGCACGAUAAAUCUGAAUGGUCCAGAGAGGAUUAACAGGAAAGGUGCUGAUGAUACAGACGUAUGGCGUAACCACCAUGACCUUUUCCUCCUGUGCUGUCAGCGGGGCAGCGUUUGAAUCUGUGCAGACAGCUGGACGCUGUGUUUACUGCAUUCUUAUGUAAAAUAGUGAAUAUGGUAAACAUUAGCAUUUAACACUCAGCUGAAAGCACAGCAGGAAAUGACUGAGAACUGUCCUUUUAUUCUUCAAACAUUUAAAAAAGAGUUUUUUUUUUAUUUAAAAGGAUAAAAAAAUUGUUAGGUUAAUUAUUUGACCUGUGACGAGUCACCGGUCAACGCUUUGUUUUCAAAGGGGGGGAGAUACUGAGCUACGAUGGAGGAGCCCCUUCCCGCUGAUUUAACACAGUCUGACUCAGAAAUGUGGAUUUACUUCUGUGAUAAACAUAUUUUACUGUUUCACUGAAAAAUGUUCUGUAAUUCUUCCAUAAGACUGUAACAUCAGACACAUCACACAGAGCUGAGUGAGCGCAGCGAACGCUGCCCUCUGCAGGAGGAAGGAGGGAAAGUACAGAAUAGCUGUUGAUAUUAAAUGAGUGAACAUUUUAUUUGUGUGUGACGUGUCUCAGGCUUUACUCUGUACCGAGCCCCUGAACCACACAACAUUAAAACCAGAGUCACAGAUGGAACUGAAGCUUUAUGAGUCCUGGAUGACUGACAGUUAAAUGACAUCUCAUCAGCCGCAGCUGGAGUUUGUGUUUACAACUAUUUAGCAUGUUAGCAUGGCAGCCACUAUCAUACCAUAUGUGCUGUAUAAAGUUCAUGAAUUAGAACAGUUACUGUACUUUUGUUGUUUUACUCUGUUUAAAUAUCCGUACUGUUGUAACCUCCGCUGCAGUGAACCGAAACAUUAAACUUUAACACACUU